UACAACACUUCACUGGUACGCACUUCACUUCCGUGUUUUUAUGUAUCGUGUUUUCUGUGUGAUGUUCACAGAGUGUUAAAAUAUGAGCAGAAUUUAUGACAAUCAGCCGUUGACAAAUCUUCCACUGAUAAACAUAGAUGUUUCAGGAUCUUGGAACAAAAAUGACUUUACAAGAGGACCUGGCGUAAUAUUUGAAGGUGUUGUUCAAAAGAGGGCACAUUUUGUAAUUUGUGACGGACGGAAAACGAAGACCCACUACUACAUCAUGUACAUCAAGCUCUCGCGGGCGCACCGCCGGAAGUUUGACGAGAACGGGGUGGAGGUAGAGCCAAACUUCAGCGAGACCAGGAAAGUUAAUACUGGAUAUCUCAACUCCUCAUACAAGGUGGAGAGCAAAGGCGAGACGGACAAGCUGAGCGAGGAGACUGCCCAGAAGUUGUUGACACCUGCCGACCUCGCCCCUCACAUGGACAGGUACGGGGCCCCAGGACUCGUGGGUGUGUGGCUGGAUGAGGCCCAGGCACAGGGACUCGAGUUUGAGAUGGGCAACUCUGUCAGGGUGAAAACUCAGGGAGACGGGCCUUUUGUGUUCAGUAUAACAAAACUGGACAGUGGGUCGAGUAACCGGGGGAAUUUCGCAGGCGGGGAGAGCACAGGUGCCUCAUGGACGGACAAAAUCAUGGAUGUAAAGGCCGUACAAAACGCCAUGGCUGGUUCAGACCAGCAGGGUGUCGAUGAUGACGAAUGGGAUGAUUGACCCAACACAUGUAGAGUCAUGUCUACUGGAUGGUGCAAUAAAGCUGGUUACAGGAUCUGAUAUUAUGCGGGAUGUUGAUACCAUGUCAGGAUUGCCGCUCCAUCAUCAGGAUAUUAUUUACUUCCAUGUGACAUAUUUUUCUUGGAAUCAUUAUUAUUCAACCGCAUUGGUUGUGGAAUAAUACUCUACUAUAUUGUGCAACAAAGUGCUCAACAAAGUGCUCUCUUUCUACGGCUUUAACAUAACACUUUCAGGAUUAAUAUUUUAUUUUCAUCAUAGAUUUUACAAUUCAUUUCAUUUUGCAUAAAUAAUCACACUUUUACACUUCUUACAGAAUGUCUAUAACUGAAUACACUUUAUAUACAAAUUAUAUUUAAAAAAUCUUUACAUGAAUUAAACCUUUGAACAUU